AUGCCAAAUGGCCCAGAACAUCUUACAAAGGACAUUAACAUGGUCUUAACAUCCAGUACCCUGAGUGACAUUUUAUUGUCAAAAUUGAAGGAUCGUGGACUCCUAGACCUAGAAUACACAACGUUUCAUCAUGACUCUGACCUAUUUCGGGAAAGAGAUAAAAGAGAUGCAGAGACAACGCACUCUAAGGAACCGGUUCAUGUGGCCUUCACGUAUGCUUCGGAAAAGUAUAACCUAGAAUUGAGCAAAUCACAGCCAAUUUUGCACCCGUCCGCCGAGAUUCUUACCUGGAGAAAUGAAUCAACUCAGCGGUGGACAGAUCCUCACCCAGACUGCUUUCUCACCGGAAGUGUGACGUCACAUCAGGGUAUAGCCAUCAUGUCUAUCUGUGAUAAUUUGGUUGGAAUUGUUCGAACUGAAAGACUUACAUUGUAUCUAGAAAUUUUACCCGAGUCCUCUGCUAACGUUAUGAAAGUUAUUGUUGGACGUCAAUCGGAUGACGUAACUCCUAUUUCCUAUGAGUCUCUGGCAGAGAACUUGAUUGGACCCAAUGAUAGACGCAGACGUUCAGUGCCGUCACAGAAUAUAACGAUAGAGCUGGCGGUUUACACGGACGCUGCCUUCACAAAAACCAUGCUGGUCACAGAUUUCUCUCAAAGACUUCGACACAUUUUACUCAAGUAUUACGCUGUUCAGAUGGAAUGGUCAAGGAGUGACAGUUUGGGAUUUAACGUUCGACUGUUGUUGAAAAAAGUUCAUUUCUUCGAAACAAACCCGACAUGGUAUAAUUCUUCCGCAACUCGACUUGGUGAUGUUCUUUCCGACUUCUGCUUGGGAACAUUAAAUGAUGGCUUGUACGACAUUCGUUAUAUGCAUGUAGGUUUGUCAGAUUUGGAUGUCACUGGCCGAGCUUACCAGAACUCUGUAUGUAACCCGAGAUACAGCUGUGGUGUGGAUACAUCAACAGGGGCCGCCAGCUUCGCGGCUACCGCUCACGAGAUCGGUCACCUAAUGGGAAUGUACCACGAUGCUGAUCGGGGAUGCAGCGGAAAUGACGUAGGGUUAAUGGGAGGAUAUGGCACUGGUUGGAGCACCUGCAGUAAAUUUGACAUGGCCAGAUUGUUAAAUUCAGUUAAUAAAGAUUGUUUAUGGGAAGAAAAUAUUCCGCCAGAGGAAGUCCCACAGAAUAUAGUGAACCAAAGUCUGGUUCCAGCUAUACCAGGACAGAGGUAUUCCCCUGAUCAAGUGUGUGAACUGAAGUACGGUGCUGGUUAUCGUUUUCGUAAAUUUCCAAAACUUGGGGUCUGUCUCAUGUUCAGCUGUGCCAAUCACAACCGCCUCCAAGUCAAUUAUGGUCAAAUGUUCAAAGAAACUACCUCUGUAUUUGGAAUGUAUUGUGAGGAAAAUAAGAUUUGCCAUAGGACGGACUGUGCUGACGCCUCAAGUGCCAAACUAAGCAGCCUAGUGAAGCGUGAGGGAGGGUGGAGUCAGUGGGGGUCAUGGACAGGGUGUACCAGAACUUGUGGGCGGGGCAUCAACUACAGAAUAAGGAAGUGCGACAACCCAGCUCCUAUAAACUUUGACGGUUGCGAUGGAGAUGCGUACGAAGCAGUUACAUGUAGCACAAAGCCCUGUCCCGGUGACAGCUCUGACCAGACAAUUCUGAGGAACCAGCGUGCUGGGGAAACUUGUACAAGACUGAGGGACAACAAUGUCAUCAACCCCGACCUGUACAACGAGACGGGGGCAAGGUACUCCGAUACAGCUGAUGGCCAGUGUGAGGUGACCUGUCACCCCGCCCCUGGUCACACGAUCCCCACGUUUACCAGAUUUGGGUUUAUGCCUGACGGAGUGGCAUGUGUAGGGGGGUCAAGUGUCUGGGAUUUAAACAACUGGCCACGAAACUCGGGGUCCUACUACAUGUGUCUGGAUGGCUUGUGUCAGAGGUUUGGAUGCGAUGAUCGGCUGAAUGGAAAGGUUCUGGAUGAAUGUGGUGUAUGUGGUGGAGAAAACUCUACAUGUACAGUUACCUCAGGAAUUGACAUUAAACAACAAAGUCAAGGUGAUCGUCGAACUCUUGUCCUUUUACCUGUUGGAACCUACAACAUUCAAUUCUGGUUCUCAUAUCUAGAUAUGAAGCAAAACUUUUUAGAAUUAUAUAACACAAAUGGAGAUGUCAUUCUUGCUAGCAGAAUACCCAGUUCCUGGAAAUGGGACACUAGAACUGAGCCUGUUGUUUUCGCUAACACAAAGUGGUAUUACUACUUCUAUGAUCAGUUUCUAUAUGCCAAAGGGCCAUUGACUGAGUCCUGUGAAAUAAAGUUGUAUCAACAUGGUGAAUUUAACAAUACUGGUAUUUUUUACGCUUAUUCGGAACCCCUGCUAGAUUCUAAUACCACAACACGGUAUGUACCAACAGAAUCGUCAACAGAUUUACACGUGUCUACACCGGAAACAUCCACAAGCGUACCUCUAACAACUGACAUUACAGAUUCAAGUAGCGGAGACAGAACUACAGCCACGUCCCCGGUGACCUCAGUAGCACAGGAAACAACCGAGGGAACAACAGGCUUUAGUAGAACAUUUACAUCCAAUACAACAUUCACGCCAUCUUUAGAGACUUCAACUGAAGGAGCUACGACUUUACACUCAACAGAAAGUGAAACGGUUUCAAGUAGUGUGUCUUCAAUUGCAUUCACCACAGCAGUAGAGACUUCGACUGAGGGUACAACAACAUUAGACACGACCACGGAUGAUCUCAGUGAUUUGAAAAUUAUCGGAAUUAUCACCGGAAGUGUUUCCAUAAUGUGCGUUGCCUUGAUUGCUAUAGCAAUAGGCUGCCAUCGCAAUGGUUCCUGGUUUAAACCAGAUGGGAAGCGCCGGGAAAUUUACAGGGUAUCUGGGAAUUUUGACGGAUCCUCCAAACCCCUUAGUCGGGAUUCCUACCGAGAUUACACUGACGUUUAGUUGUACCUAAAACGAUUCGUAUUCACAAAAAUUAUAAUCCUUUUAAGAAUAUGUUUACAAGAAGUUAUACAAUUAUUUUAUUUGUAUUUUUAUGCAUUUUUCAUAUGUUACUUUCUUAUUCAAUUGAAUUAUUUGUUGCUCAACAUGUAGUAAAACGAAUGGUUUGUUUUAU